CCACGGUCAGCUAAAAUGCUGAUUUUUGAUUCUGCUGCUCCUGCUGCCUCUGCCUCUGCUUUCUGUUGGUGCUUAAUUGUGUGUUUUAUUAUAAUUCAUUAUCUUGACCAAUUUUAAUCAUAAACAUUAUAUUAACUAGAAAUAGAUAAUUGUAGCUGUCGGUGCAUUUUCACAUAGUUUUGUUACAUAGUUGAAGAAGAUAAAUGAUUUGAUUUAAUUGCAACACCAAUGUAAGGCGUUAGAAACUAUGGUAUUAAUUAUUGUGGAUUUAUCAUGAUUUAAAUUUGGAACAUAUUUCCUAUAAGGUGCCCUACAACUUUGUUCUGUGUGGAGAUGAGUGAGAGUAACAGUUAUGAAUCACUGGCUGAAAUUAUUUUCAAAGUCAACGAUGACGUAGAUGAUGACAUCUAUUGUCUGUUCAGUCGUGCCGUAAUCUGGGAUAAGUUACUUAAAACACAAGCAGAUGCUGAAAUAACGGAAGAGCAGUGCAGUGCUGUGUCUGCUAAAAAGGAGUUUGUCUGUGAAGAAGAAAACGUGGUCAAGUUUUUCAAUUCUUCGACUGAAUCUCCACCGCCCACUAAACUCUUCAGAAAGCGUGAUCAUGAUGAAGUAGUUAGCUGCUACUGCAGUGCUUCGCACUAUUCUACCGACGAACACGACAGCCUGCGUGAGAGCAGCACUCUCCACCACAGCGACAGUGGCGCAGAUCUGUCGGAGAGUUCGCGCGACUUGGACUGGGAGAAAUACUGGGCAACUCACGGUGAACGCCUUAUAUGGGAGAGCUGGAUCUCCAAGUACGGCAACUACAUUGAUCCCACCUACCUACAAACUACAGCUUCAAACGACGAUGAAACCUCGUUUUGCAUUCAGAACGAAGACAAAACCAACCAGAGAAUUUCUUUUAGUGGGUUGCUGGAUGAACUGAAGAGUAAGACUGAUUGUUUCAGUAAUUUUGAUAGUGUAGUUGAGGUUGUGGAUGGUGUGAAUCAUUCAGAGGACUUGUUGGAGAGUAAGGAUAAGGUUGAUGGUGCGCAAGGCUCAGAUGAGAUCUUGGAGGGGAAUAAUUUGGGAGAAGUGUUGAACCGGCGCCUGUCUGAUAUCUCAGAAGACGGCCGUUCUGGGUCGGGGCGUAGUGAGGCGUCAUCCUCCAACAACGAAGAUUUCCGAGUGGGCUCUAGUAGCAGAUGCUCGGGCAACAGUUUUGCGCUAACUGCUACAACAGAUUCUCUGACGAACGUCACUCGUAUGACGGUGUCGUCUUCUGACUCAGUGACAGACGAAUCUUCCGGUGGAAGGAGUAACUCGCUGCUCUCGUCAACGACCUCCCAGAACGAGGCCGAUCAACAGUGGCAGAUUUUGUGGGCGGAACACUUCAACGAACAAUACUACAACCAUUACCAGGCGUUCAAUUUGAAGAAUCUUGUCUCGACAACAAAACUGAAAGACAACAGUUGUGUCGGAGAAUCGUCGAACGAUGUCGGAGAUGCAGAUGAGGUUAGCCUGUCGGAUCCAAUUACUUGUCUGCUCAAUGAUGGCAGUCAGAUGGACUCAUCGUCCGACUUCCUGGAUGUGAGCUCGUUGAAUCUAAACGACUCGUCUUCGUCACUAGUGAUACGUGAGGAGAGUGCAGGUGAGGCUGCCGUCAACGGUUCUCCCAGAAGUCAACGACCCAAGAAGAGUGGCAAGAGACAGCGAAAAUCGAAACCGCAGAGCAAGAUAUCAAUGUCAAUUGGCUGGACCUUGCGUCAGCUGAGGAACGAACAAAACACUGAAUCAACUGAUCUGACCGCGGACUCGAAAAUGGAGAACGAUUGCGAUGUCAAGGAUGCGUCGCUACCUGUUGGUGAAGUUUCCAACGACAGUGAAGCUGAAUUUAGUGAAAAAGACAAGGGACUACCAGUUAGUGAAGUUGUAAAUGAUAGUGCAGCUGAGGGUGAAAAAGUGAAUGCACCACCGGGUGUAAAUGAUAGUGAAGUGAGGGAUACUGAUGAUGUAGGUGCCGAUAGUGAAGUGAGUGAUAGUGAAAUGCCGCCUGACGCCUGUAGUGACGACACACUCGCCGUUUCGAUCAACGAGAAUGAGAGGGAGCGAGUGGACGAGGGUCCACGAGUCGAGUCGAGUCAACUGACGAUCGACGAGUCUGGUUCUGAGGCGAAUGAGAAUGUGACUGAAGGCUGCUCUGUGAAGAUGAAUUGGCACAGGAUCGCUAAGGAAAAGAGAGAUAAGCAGAAUGCGGACAGGGCGAACUCAGCAUUCAACCUGAUGGGAUAUGUUUACGAAGCAGACGAAGCCAACAAAGCCAAGCCGGGCUCUGUCUACUACUGGAAGAAAAAUAUAAGACUGCAAAAUAGAUUAUUGAAGAUACACACAAACAGCUUGAUCAACAACAAGCCUAGCCUUAAUAAACAUAUCUAUUUCGACGACGAAGAUGAAGACAUCGCUGAGAAUAUUGUGUCUGAUGUCUCAGCACUAGAUAAGGUGAAAGACUUCCUGAACCGAUCAAAGGUGACCGAAACCAGUGAAUCUCUCCCGAAGACUGAUGAAGGCGACAACGAACCCACCCCAGACACCAGCUCCCCUACGCGCAAACCCCUGCACUCCAUGUCCUCGGAAGACAUCUCUCUGACGCAUAAACGUGGACUGAAAACCGACGUCGAGAAUUUCUCGGAGAAAGACGACUCGACGGAUGACGAGGAUGUGUUUUUCUCGGCCGAAGGUGAGGAGAAGAGCGAGCUGGAUGUGAACGGGCAGGCGGAGCGCAAGGUGAGGCCACCGCAGAGGAAGAAGAAAAAGAGGCAGCUGAAGAAGAAGGGCAUGACUGCGAUGGCUAUUGACAAGCAGAUGUUGCCGGAUGAGAUAGUCGCCAAUCCGCAAUUGGUCAAGUACUGGCACCAAAGGUAUCGCCUGUUUUCGCGGUUUGACGAGGGCAUCAGGCUGGAUGCAGAGAGCUGGUAUUCUGUUACACCUGAGAAGGUAGCUGCCCAUAUAGCUGAAAGAUGCAGAUGUGAUUUGGUAGUGGAUGCCUUUUGUGGAGCUGGAGGUAACACAAUACAGCUGGCUCUCACUUGUGAACGAGUGAUCGCGAUCGACAUAGACCCGGCGAAGGUGGCGCUGGCACGUCAUAACGCGGCGGUGUACGGCGUGGCCGAUCGCAUCGAGUUUGUGGUGGGCGACUUCAUGCGGCUGGCACCCAGUCUGGUGGCCGAUGUGGUGUUCCUGUCGCCGCCCUGGGGUGGCCCCGCCUACCUCGCACAGCCCGCCUACUCGCUCGACAACAUCCUCGCCCCCGUCGGCGGGCUCCAGCUCUACCAGAUGGCCAGUCGCGUCAGCGAGAAUGUCGCCUACUUCCUGCCCAGGAACACUAAUGUCGAUGAGAUAACCAAAGUAGCUGGACCAGGAGGCGAGGUGGAACUCGAACAGAACUUUCUGGACAAGAAACUGAUUUCGAUUACUGCGUAUUUCGGCGAACUACUUAAACCGGGCCAAAGCUGUUGACCCCUUGACCGACUGUGAUUGACUUACUUCAUUCAUACCGACUAUGAUUGAUCUCUUGAUGUAAGCCAACCAUUUUACUCUUUCCUUGGGUCUCUAUUAUCUGUGGUGUUGCUCACAGGGAUCUGUUUCAUUAUAAAAUACAAACUAAAAAGUACUUGUGAUUAUUUGUAGAUUGUUAUGAAAAGAGCCCUGUUUGAGGUAACAAUAUUUCAACUUUUAGUUCACUGUAUUCAUUUUUGAAAAGAACCUCAUUGGUGAUAGCAAAAAUAAAUAAUUAUUCUCAUUUUA